AUGCAAUUCACCUUCAAGUUCCGCAACGGAAAGGAUGACUCUUGGCGAUGGAUCCGAGAUGAAAGUGGCUUGAACGACGGCCUAGUUGUGGCUACUUCUUCUUCCUCAACAUCAGAGGUUCUUCCAAGUUUGAUUCCGGAUCUCAACGACGACUGGAAGGUAUCAUCGCAUGCAAGCCACUCGCCCCUAACCCAACUCUGGUCUCUAGAGGUUGCAAUUCCACCAGCAACGAGCGAAGAAUCUGCAUUUGCAGACACUGCAAUCGGUACACCUUGGGGCUCAUAUUUGAGAUGGUUUGCGCUCGUACGUGUCUGGUCUCCCUGGCUCGCUCCUCGGCAGGGCAAAACCCACUUCGCCCCUGACAAAGACGCCAUCCUGUGCUCUUUCCUGAGCUCCAAGGGAGAAAGUCUCGUGUUUCUUGCUUUCAGUGAGCUCGGUAGUGCGUUGACAACCUUCCGCAAUACCGAUACAGGCGGCGUCUCAGUACAUGCCCGAAACGAUGAAACCACAAAAGGCAAGGCAAUCAUACUGGUAUCGCAAGGCCACGACUUUGAGCAGGCCGUUGCGGCGGUGAUGCACCACGCCCGGGACCUUGCCACUCGUGCGAGAACGGCGACCGAAGAAGUCUACGAAGAGUCGGAAUGGCAAAAAAAGGAUGCCAACUUGGAAUGGCAGCAGAACUGGUUUGAUGGGCUUGGAUACUGUACCUGGAAUGCCCUCGGGCAGAAGCUCACGGAAGAGAAAGUGUUGCAUGCAGUGCAAAAGCUGGUCGAGUCUGAGAUCAACAUCACAAGCCUCAUUAUCGACGACAACUGGCAAUCCAUCGAUUACAAAGGUGAAAGCCAGUUCCAGUACGCCUGGUUGGAGUUUGAGGCUGAACGGAAGCACAUUGCCGUCUGGCAUGCUCUCCUGGGCUACUGGGGCGGCAUCUCCCCCGAGGGUAAGAUUGCUCAGACAUAUAAAACCGUCGAAGCAGUCUGCGAGGUUUCUAGACGCCGGAAUCUCCCCCUCGGCGGUCCAAGAACGGUGGUUGCCAAGGAAGACGUGGAGAGAUUCUACGGCGACUUCUAUCGGUUCCUGACUGAAGCAGGCAUCGACGGGGUCAAGACUGAUGCCCAGUUUGUCAUCGAUACCUGGGUCAACGCGUCUGUCCGGCGAGAGCUCAUCGAUAAGUACUUGGACGUAUGGUCGUCGGCCUCGUUUCGACACUUUGGCGUCAAGGCCAUUUCGUGCAUGUCGCAAAUACCGCAGGCCCUCUUUCACUCUCAAAUGCUGCAGAAUCGACCGCCGUUGGUGUUUCUCAAUGUGCUGCCUGAUUGGGAUAUGUUUCAGACGGUGCACGACUACUCGGGGUUUCAUGCUGCGGCGAGAUGCGUCAGCGGUGGUCCGAUUUACGUGACCGACGUUCCGGGGGAGCACGACAUGGGCCUAAUCGGGCAGAUGACAGGCGUCACGCCAAAGGGCAAGACUAUCAUAUUUAGGCCAAGCGCCCUGGGAAGGUCCAUCCAUCCCUAUGCCGGAUACGACGAUGAUUUACUCCUCAAAGUCGGGAGUCAUCACGCAACAUCGGGUUUCAGGACCGGGAUCUUGGGCAUCUUCAAUGUCUCUGCGCAACCGCUGGCGGAGCUGAUACCCCUUGCGUGCUUUCCAGGAACAGCACCCAGCAUCCAUCAGGAUGAGAGAGGAACCGUGUCACUGAACAUACGACUUAAAGCCCUUGGGAUUCUCGGCGUCUACAUCUCAGCGUCAGCGGCGACUCCGGUUGGGCAGGCCUUGAAGGCAAUCAUCGGGGGCCAGCCGGUGCCGGGACACUUGAUUCGGGUGUCAAGAGACGAUGGUUGUGUCUUUGAGGUGGACAUUGAGUCGGCAUGGAAGGAGAUGGAGCUGGGAAGCGAUUCUGGCAAUGAGGUGGAGGCCAGCGUUUACUUUGAUUCUUGA